AUGUCGACUAUCUACGGAACGCAGUUGGAACCUUUCGAGGAGAAUCAAUCUCCCUCACCUCACGAAACCACUGAUAAUCCCUACGAGACCACCCUGGCAAUACGUUCAUCUUCGUUACCCAAACGUAGGGGAUCAGGACCACCGUUACCCGUCAAUACCGUCAACACCCUUCACAGACAGUUAUCGGGUGAUCCAGAAUCACCGCCUCCCGCGUGGAAAAGGCGACCUACCGUAUCGAAUAGACAAUCGAGGAGUCCAUCUAGUCCCGAUUCACCAGGUCCUGUGAAUGGAGAUUCAAUCUCGACUGGUACGCAAAGAUCGCCGUCUCAAUCUUCAGUAAAAUCUCGAAACUCGCUUGGAUAUAGAAGACCACCACCACCUGGAUUAACCAUGACAACAACUUCACCCAAACCUGCUGUACCAUUACCGAGCGGGAUGUUCCUACAUGAAUCACCCGAUAGCUCUUCUACCAACCUGGCGUCUGGUGAUGUCGAUCUGGCAUUACCCAAUCCGGCUUUCCGCAGAAGAGGGAAUGGGAAUGGCUCGAUCUCGAACAGAUCGUCGAUAGCUUCGAAUCAGGAUUUAAGCAGUUUGACAAGUGAGGAAUUAUGGGCAAUGGGCCAAGAACAGGAUAGUAACAGUAUACCUGAUAUGAGUAAUCCGAUGCGUCAAGCUGCGGAAAGACCUUUAGAUACGGUAAGAAGGGAAAGUAGAAGAAUAGAAAAAGAUAGGAUAUUCACUUCUGGACUACCGGGUGACGUGAUAUGGCCAUCUGCACCACCUGUUGAGGAAAUUUUACCUGAUGCCAGAUCGAAGUCGUUUACCAAUGUCGCUAUCCUCGGAAUGUCAGGCAGGAGAAUGUCACGUCGAACGAAAUCACGUCAAUCGUCCAUCGAUGUCACGCCCUUGAACGGAAAAGAUGCAGAUGGACUAUACAUGCACAACGCUUUCCAACCUGCUUCACCCGUGGCCAACGGUAUGGGUGUCUUAUCUUCUGCUCAUUCGUCUUCAACUUCUUUAGCUUCCCAAGGUCUCCCACCCAACAAAUCUUUCUCGAGUCUCGGAGGUCGACCACCAUCCACAUAUUAUUCGAGAGAUUUCCUGAGUAGUCUGGCACCUAGAGAAGGUGGUUAUGCUAUUGCUGCUCAGAUGGGUGGUGGGCUAGGUGCGGUCGGUACUAUGAGUGUGGAAGAGAAAAGGAGAAGUAGCAUGAUCGUAGAUGAUGGUAGAGCUAAAACCCUGGGUAUGGGCUCGCGAGCGCCACCGUCAAAAUCUGCUGGUAUGGGUAGAUGGAGUCUGGAUGGCGGUGAGAAUUUCGGACGACCGUAUGGAACCGCAUCGGCAGCUACCACAUCUUCUAACCUAUCAGCACCCCCCAUCAACUCUGCUGAACCUUCACCUCCCGCAGAUGAUAUCACACCUUCCUUACCCGCUGGUGCAUCUCCUGCCUAUACCUCAUCUUCAGCUCCCUCUAUACCUGUAUCUGCCACUCUAUCUAACCCUUCACCAUUGGCUCAACAAACCUCUGCGGAGGCUGUUCCGAAACCAGCUCCAGCAGUAUCUACCCCACCUCCCAUUCCAGCGAGUACUGUGGCGCCUCCACCUGCGUUAGCUACGAAGAAGUCCAAGAAACAGCUCGCCAAGGAGAACAAGGCAGCGGAAAAAGCAGCGGCAAUGCAAGUUGCAAGACGACGUGCCGAAGCUGCUCGUGCUGAGGCCUUAAAGAAACAGGCUGAAAGGGAAGAGGCUAAGAGGAAAGAGAAGGAUGAAAAGGCAAGACAGAAAGCUGAAGAGAAAGCUGCUAAGAAGGGCAAGAAGUUCUUGGGUAUAUUAGGUACAGGUUCGACAUCCUCAGCUACUUCGGGUUCUUCAACCCCUCAUCCGCAAUCUCAACAUCAACCUUCUACUCGACCGGUCCCUGAGCGUGUACCGUCCAAAACGCCUAUAGCCGUUCAGCACCCUUCACCUACUCCUACACCUCCUGCUACUUCUAUUCCUACAUCCGGUACGCCGUUCCCUAAACCAAUCCAAUCUUCUCAAAGUGCCUAUAAAGUACCAGUACGUGAUACCAAGGAAGCUCCUCGACAAACCCAUCGAUCUAUGCCCCUCAACGUUGGUGCUCCACCACCUGCCCAGAACCCUGCGUCUGGCGCUGGUCCAUCUAGACCUCCAAUUGAAGGUAAAAGAUCACUGUUUGGUACGAUCAGAAAGAGGUUCUCAUACAUCGCUGGAUCAGAUUCCAAGGUUCCUGGACCUCAAGCUAGAGAUACCGCUCCUCCAGCUCCACCUGUACCUAGAAAUCCACCUUCUGCUACCAGCACUACCACUUCCCCCGCUGUCGCUUCCUCCUCCCAAGUCAACGGACUCUCAUCUCCCCCUUCCACAGCCGAAUCAUCUUCGUUACCCCCACGAGGAGAAUCACUGCUCGCUUCGGAAUCGAUCGCCAAAGUGGCCAGUCCCUCUCCUAUCGAUCAGCCUCAAUCACAGCCACAGGCACAAAUGCCAGUUCUGGGUAAAACAGUGUCUCGCGAACUAGCUACUUCAUCUCCACCACCUUCGGCGGGAACUAGGAAGAGAAACUCCUUACAUGGACCUAGACCUAUGCCUUCUGCCAAUGGAGGUUCACCCAGACCAUCAUCGGUAUCUACUCAUGAAUCGGGUAAUGCCACUCCGGCUGGACCUCAAGCAGGACAAAUAACUCCUACUCCUUCGUCCACUACCAACGACUCAAGUUCGUUUUUCCUUCAGAGUCAUAAUUCCCACAUGACCAAUAUCACACCUAUAACCUCUCCUGAAGAGAAUGAUACGUUCGAUCGUGACCUUGAUGCCGGGGAUGAGGUACAGGGGGAGCCGAAGAAAUCAGGGAGUGCAGAUUCAAACGAAACUGUGCAUGUAGGUAAUGUACUGUCUACCACAAGUACGAGUCAACCCAUCCUCGCAUAG